UUUUUUCUUUUGAACGCGUUUUUUUUUCUCGAUGGAUCAAGAUCUUGCUAAUAAGCUAUUUGAAAAGGGUGCUUUUCUGCUCUUUCUGGAAGCACCACCUAACCUAGAAUUUGGUGUAGACUACAAUGCUUGGACUAUUGGCCCUUUAUUUAAGGGUAUUAAGCUUAUCCCUCCAGGACUCCACUUUAUUUAUUUUUCCUCAACAAACAACGAAGGUGUACAAGGCAUUCGUACUGGAUUUUUUCAUUUUUUUGAAUCAAAAGAAAUUUUAGUAAGAGAAUGGAAUCCACAAAUUGAAGACUUGCGUGAUGAGACAGAACUUGAUCCAAAUCAAGUAGAGCGUCUUAGAAUAAACAUUCGUGAUUUUGAUCGUAAUAUGGGCCCUUAUCCUCUUGAUCCACCUACUUUUUAUGAACGUUGGAAGAAGCUGACUCGUUAUAUCACACCAGGCAUUGUUAGACGUGUGCUGCCUAACAAUGGCAAAGUAAGUCAUUUGCCCGAAAAAUCACCUGAUCUGCCUUCGGUAAACGAUAUAAAAGAUAAACGAUUGGGAAAGGCUUUGGAGAAAGAAGAAGGCAUGGAAUUUACUCGAUUUGAUCUCAGAAAGUCCUUUCCACCUGGAGCUACAGGAGAUGAAGUGACGAAAUGGAGUUUGGAUAAAUCAUGGCUGGUUCGUGAUUUACUUUCAAGAGUCUAUCAUAACGAUCACAAAGUCAUGUUGGGUGAAUUACAACUUGCUUUUGUUUGUCUUUUAAUGGCGCAAAACUUCUCUGGUUUCAAUCAAUGGAAACAACUUGUUCAGCUGCUAUGUUCUUGUCCGGAAUUGAUAGAAGAAAAACCUACCAUGUUCAUAGAGUUUAUGGAUGUACUCCAGUCUCAAUUGGAUGAAUGCCCUGAAGAUUUCUAUCGUGAUAUUUUAUCAGAGAACAACUUUACAAGUGUGAUGCUUAAGACAUUACAAACAAACACUUCUGGUUCAAGUGAAGAAUUAGUUAAGCGAUAUACACGGUUGAGGAAAUUUGUGAUUAAGAAGUUUGCUUGGGAAGUACCAGACGAAGAAGAGGAAGAAGAUGAUGAAGAUGCUCCAGUCAUUGUCAUGAUGGAUUAGAGCAAUAAAUACCAGUCAAUCAGUAUCUUUCAUUAAGCCAUGUAUAUAUAAACAGAAAAUUUCACGGUAUAUAGUUGAUUGGAUAUUUCAAGUUUAGCAUAAGCAUAUGUAUUAAAGAAGUCGUGAGAAUGACGAGUUAUCUUAGACCCCUGUGCACUACAGCAUUAAAUCCUUUAAAAAAUGUCCGGUUGGUUUAUAUUUUUGGUGUAUCCGAAUCACGGGCGAAAGACUUCCUUAUAAUGCUUCAUAAAUAUAUAGAGGGAUAUACUUUACCCAGAUUUUUCUUGAUAAAAGCAGUUUUCUAGCACAAACUAGCUUCAGGUCAAGUAGAUUUAACAAAGCUG